AUGGCGCCCAAGCAAAAAGCGACAGAGCGCACGCCGCUCGUCCCUGUCACGCCAACUGCUGCAAACGGACACGACGGCAGUCUCUCCCGACCACGCUCGCCAAUGCGCCGGGCUCCAGCGUGGCAGUGCUGGAGUACCACGUCUCCGUCCCAUCGCUUCUACCUGUUGAUCCUCAUGAGCUGCAUCCCAUUCGGUGGCCACUUUGUCAAGAAUGGCAUGUCGUCGCUCGAGCAGCUCAUGCUGGACGAUAAGGAUUUUCCGAUCACGAACGUAAUGUACGGCGCGCUGCUGUCGGCCGUCUCGGUUCCCAGCAUGUUCCUGCCAUUGCUGGGGGGCCGACUUUUGGACAAAAGCGGCCACCACAGCAUCCGUUUUUUUCUCGCCUGGAUCUGCGUGGGUCAAGCUAUCUUUGCCAUCGGCAUGCAGCUUAAGCUCUACUGGCUUGCACUCUUUGGUCGCGUCUUCUUCGGCGUUGGUGAGGGGAGUGUCGUCGUUGGUGCACGCGUCUUCAUUGCCUCAUGGUUCCGAAACAAGGAGCUCACUUUUGCCAUGGGUGUCAGUGUGGCAAUCGCGAACGUCUCCAAGAUGCUGGCUAAAGCCACAGUCGCUCCCAUCGCUCUCUAUUUUGGUGGAUACGUGCAAGCUCUGUGGUACGGAGUGGCUGUCUGUGUAGCGUCGGCCCUCAUUGGUGUCCUGGUAUGUUACCACACGCUGAACUUAAAGCGCAUCGUCGAGAACCGCGUGAUUAGCGAGGAAGCUUUAGACCCAGAUUUCCACUGGCUGAACGAUUACGCCGAGAAAAAGCGGCAUGAACAUCGUUGCCGAGAAUCGCAUGCUCGCACCAAGCGGAUCUCAUGCGAUAGUGUGCAUGACUUCUCGCGCAUGUUCUGGAUUAUUGCCAUGCUGCACGUGAACUUCAUCAACGUCUUCCAUCUAUUCCAGAACGUCAGUGCGAGCUACCUUUUCCAGCGCUAUGACUUCUCCAUCGUGGAAGCCGGCGUAAUGAGCAGCUUUUCUCACUUGUUUGUGGUGUUCGCGCCUGCCAUCGGUCUCGCCGUUGAUCAGUUUGGCGGACGCAGUCUGCUUAUCAUCCUGGCUGCUAUGGUGUCGAUCAUGGCUUACGUGCUCAUGAUCUUCACGGAGAUCACCCCGCUCCUGUCGAUGCUACUGAUUUCCAUCUGCCUGUCGUUCACACCGACUAUCCUGAUGGCUGCGAUCCCGAGCUCCGUGGGUUGCAAAAGUUUUGGAACGGCGUUUGGCAUUGUUGAGAUCAUAGACGCCGUUGGGGCCACAUUCGGCAAUCUUCUGGUCGGAUAUUUGCGCGAUGAAACGGGUAGCUACCGCAAUGUCAUGCUCAUGCUCUUGGGCAUGUCAGUAUUUGUACUGCUGCUUGCAUUCUUCCUCGUCUUUGAAGACAGUCGCCAAGGCUGGCUGCUUAGUGCUUCCCGUAGACGUUCGCGUUUGUUUACGGGCGACGGCGAAGAUUUUGUGGAUAAUCCAGCAAUGCUCGAGGCUCGUUAUAGCGCCAACGGAGAAUCGCCUCCAGUACGCGAGGGGCGCACAGUGUAG